AUGGAGAUCAAAAUAGUUUCUCUCUAUUUGUUCCUCUCUCUAUCCUUCUUCUCACAAUGUUCACUUUCAACUUCUAAAAUAAUCCUCGAAAACUCAACCGUUUUCUCAUCAUCCGAGAGUUUGUCGAGCCAGAACGCAGACAGGCGUAUCCAAUUUUUCAAUCUAAAGCCUCAACAUAACGUCAAUGUUAUCCCAAAGGGAAGCCCUGACGCUCCGAGACUUGUGGAGAGCCAAUUCGAUUUUUCAGCGAGCAUCGACGCUGGAAACGCUCCCGGUGGUCCUUCAGUCACGGAGUUUGGCCACUAUGCCGGCUAUUACCCCCUCCCACAUUCGAAGGCAGCCAAGAUGUUUUAUUUCUUCUUUGAGUCUCGGAGCAAUAAUUCUGAUCCGGUUGUGCUAUGGUUGUCUGGUGGACCGGGUGUUAGUAGCAGUUUGGCUCUCUUUUAUGAGAAUGGCCCGUUCAAGAUAUCGGAGGAUCUCUCUCUUUCUUGGAACGAUUUUGGUUGGGACAAGAUAUCCAAUAUACUCUACGUAGACCAGCCAGUCGGGACCGGUUUUAGUUACACAUCUGACAUUAGCGAUCUCCGGCACGACGAGGCUGGUGUCAGCGAUGAUCUUUAUGAAUUUUUACAGGCUUUCUUCAAGGAACAUCUACAAUUUGCCAAAAACAGUUUCUAUAUUACUGGUGAAUCCUAUGCCGGUCACUACAUUCCGGCUUUGGCUUCACUAAUUCACAAUGGAAACAAGAAAAAAGAAGGAAUUCCCAUAAACCUCAAGGGUUUUGCGAUUGGAAACGGCUUGGUUAACCCGGAGAUCCAGUAUGGUGCGUAUGGGGAUUAUGCGCGGGAAAUGAGGUUGAUCUCAGAAUCCGAUCACGAUAGUUUAAAGCAAAAUUAUGUUGACUGUCAAGGUCUCAUUAAAAAUUGCAACCUUAAUGGUGGUGAAGCGUGUGAUUCUGCUUACAAAGUUUGCAACAACAUUUCGGACCAGAUAAUGAAUAAAAUUAAAGGCACAAACGUCUAUGACUUGAGAAAGAAAUGUGUUGGACGUAUGUGCUAUAACUUUUCCAAAGUGGAUGUAUUCUUGAACCAAGAAAACAUAAGAAAAGCUUUAGGAGUUGGAGAUAUCACAUUUGUUUCGUUUAGUCGCAAAGUUUAUGAUGCAAUGAUGGAGGAUUUUAUGAUUAAUCCUGAGGUCAAGAUUCCGGCUCUUGUCGAAGAUGGAAUCAAUCUCCUUGUUUAUGCUGGAGAAUAUGAUAUCCUCUGUAAUUGGCUUGGAAACUCCAGGUGGGUUGAGCAGAUGAAUUGGUCAGGCCAGAAGGAUUUUGGAUCAGCCAAGACAGUACCGUUCCUGGUAGAUGGUAAAGAAGCUGGUUUAAUGAAGAAUCACGGUUCUCUCACUUUUCUUAAGGUUCAUGACGCUGGACACAUGGUUCCGAUGGAUCAGCCAAAAGCUUCGUUGCAAAUGCUUCAGAAAUGGAUGCAAGGAAAGCUCAGUACUGCGAGUGGUCCAACAGUUGGUUAAUGAUUU